AUGACCGGAAGAGCGGCAGGCUUUGCUUCAGAAGCCAUGAUGAUUGGAAAUCUUUCACUAGAUGUAUUGAUUUUCGAGAACUAUUAUACUUGUGUCUCGCCAUUCAUGGUGGACGUGGUCUCCUGUGAAGGGUUUAUAAGAAGAGAAGAAAGUCUUCAGAUCGACACCAAUACUUCAGCCAUGGACGUCAGACUGGUGGUCUUCUGUAUUCUAUUUGUUGCCGUGACCGGACAUCCACACAAGAGACGCUGCUUAAUGUCCAGAUAUAAAUCAGUAUCUUCCACUGACAUCAAGAUUAUUAGAGAACUUCAGAAUGAACAUGAGAAGGACAUUUCCACCAGUGCAAUGAAAUGCUACAGAAGAAUGAUGAGACACAAGCCAUCUGUAUGUGACCUAAAUCCCAGUGACCGUCUGAUUCUGACUUUGGAGCGAGUUACAAUAACCACAGAGGUUUUGGCAAAUCUGGCCACAUCUGAUGUGCCCGACCCUGUAUUACAGUCACUCAUGAUGUUCCUCAAGAUCAGGGAUGAUCUUCUGAUCUGUAGGGAGUCAUCAGAAUACAGUAGCACACCUUCAGAUGAACUGAUGCCAUGGCUUCACCAUCUCCAGUACUUUUUGGAAGAGGCAUCUCCACAAUGUCUCCAGGUUGCCGUGUUACUCAGCCUCAUCUCACUAAUGGUGGAAGAUGUUGGGUGUUGGGCUCAUGUAAAAUAA